AUGAAAAAGAAGAAUGUGAAGGUGAGAAAGGUCGGUAAGUCAUUACUUACUUCGGUCGAAACGGGUGCAGGCAGUUAUAUUAAUCCAGGAGACAUCAGCAAUGCACUUUUACUGCCAGCCAAAGUUAAAAAAAAAAAAGUGAAGAAAGAGGAUGCAAUUAAUCGCAAGAAAGCAGAGGCGAGGAAAAGACGAAUUGAAGAAAAAAACGCCAAAGUAUCAAGAACUAAAAGGAAAAAAUUGAUGAAGAUAUUUGAAAGGAAAAAGGAAAAAGAAUCGAAGGAAUCACUUCUAGAAAGAUUGAAGGAAUAUCAGCUGCCAAUGGAAGUGAUGAACAAGAUAGCGAAGAAGAUUGAUGCUAAUAAGCAUAAAAAGUAUGAGUUAUUUUUUUAUGAUUUCGCAUCGUUUUCGAAGAAGGAAUUGAGGUUUUGGGAAUGGUCAGAAGAAAGUUUCAUACCAAAAAAGUUAUCAGUUCUUGCUGGUCGCGAAAUUAUCUCAUCCAUGGAAUUAAAACAACCAGUACAAGAAAAUUACUACGAAACAGAUAGUGAGAGUGAAGAUGAUGUUAUGAUUUCGAAUGAGAUAAGUAUUAUAGAACCAAGCACAUCGAAAUUUGGUGUUGCCUGCAAGCCCGUUAAAUCCCCUUUAUCGAAACAAGAAUCAGUGAAGAGAGAUGUUCGAGGAAGUGGUUUUGUUCCAGUGGAUCGCUGUAAAAGUGUCGAAUUACAGCGUUCAAAGCUACCAAUAUACUGUGAAGAACAAAGUAUUAUGGAGGCCAUUAGUGAUAAUUCUACAACAAUCAUUUGUGGUCAAACUGGGUCUGGAAAAACUACUCAAUUGCCUCAGUUUUUAUUUGAAGCAGGUUAUGCUCGUGAAGGUAAACUGAUAGGAAUAACUGAGCCACGACGAUUGGCUGCCAUUAGCAUGGCAGCACGUGUUGCACAUGAAAUGAAUUUACCAAAUGCUGUCUCGUAUCAAAUAAAGUAUGAAAGUAAUCGGUCUUCAGAGACUUCAAUUUUAUUCAUGACUGAUGGCGUACUUAUGCGAGAGAUGCAGAAAGAUGUAGUGUUGUCAGCUUAUUCUGUUAUCAUUAUAGACGAAGCACAUGAAAGAUCCAUGUAUAGUGAUGUACUUAUCGGGCUGCUGACACGUGUAGCACCAUAUCGAGCUCGUAUAGGCUGUCCAUUGAAAUUAAUUAUAAUGAGUGCAACUUUGUGUCUUGACGAUUUUAAGCAUAAACGACUUUUUCCAGUCUCGGUACCACCCGUUUUGAAUAUUGACACAAGACAAUAUCCGGUAAAUAUUCAUUUUGAGAAACGUACACCAGAAAAUUAUCUUACUGCGGCAUUUCACAAAAUAUGUAAGAUUCAUGAACAAAAAGGUCCUGGAACAAUACUUGUGUUUCUUUCCGGAAGGCUUGAGGUUAAAACACUUCUGAAAUGGCUCGUGCAACGUUAUGAAAUCAGGUUGUAUUAUAUUAUCAUGAACCUUAGUUUUGAAGUUAUUUGUAGAAAGCCGAAAAGAACUAGGAGAAAGGAAGUAGUUUCAAGUCAGAAAAGUCAACGAGAAUCGGGAAGCAAAUUUCCUCAAAAACUGACGAAAGCUGAGGAUACUGAAGAUGAGGAAUUAAAUGAUGAUAGGUUUGCCGAUGCUGAUAAUUUAGAUUGCAUCGAUUCUGAUUUCGAAGAUAAUAAUAUGAAUCGUAUUAAAGAUUUUUGUGCACGAAAUCCGUCUUCUCCACUUUUUUGUUUGCCGUUGUAUUCCUUACUUUCUAGCAAAAAACAGCAACGUAUUUUUGAGCCAGUACCAGAUGGUCACCGAAUGUGUGUAAUAGCAACGAAUGUAGCUGAAACAUCACUUACAAUUCCUGCCGUUAGAUUUGUUAUUGAUAGUGGACGUGAAAAAAAACGCUAUUAUGAUCCCGUCACCGGUGUUUCUCAGUUUCUUGUAAGCUGGAUAUCUCAAGCUUCAGCUAAUCAAAGAGCUGGACGAGCUGGGCGCGUUCAGCCGGGUGAAGUUUAUAGGCUUUAUUCCUCUGCAGUUUACUCUGAUCUUGAAAAAUUCACUCCACCAGAAAUUUUAACGAAACCAAUCGACCAGCUCGUGCUCCACCUUAAAUCUAUGAACAUUAUUAAAGUUGCAAAUUUUCCUUUUCCAACACCACCCGAUAAUGAUUCGUUACAAGAAGCCGAAACUCGUUUAAUUCGCUUAGGAGCUUUGCAAGUGACGAUGGAAAAAAAUUUGAAAGAAGCACGAAUUAGUCCUCUGGGAAAAACAUUGUCAAUUUUUCCACUUGCACCAGCUUUUGCCAAAAUGCUGGUCAUGGCAAACCAGUAUUCUUUGAUGCCUUAUGCUUGUUGUUUAGUUGCCGCUUUAUCUGUUCGUGAACCUCUCAUUUCACUUUAUUCAUUAAGAGGUGAAAACGCGCAGGAAACACAGAAAUUGAUGCUCGAAUCAUUAAGGCAAAGGCGAGCAUGGUGUCCAAUUGGGCAGGCUCGUAAUUUCGGCGAUCUAAACGUUCUAAUGCGAGCCAUAUUGUCUGUUCAGUCAUCAAAAGUAUCAGAGGACGAAUGUCAGCGCUUUGGAGUUCGUCACAAAGCACUUAUCGAAAUUCGAAAGUUAUGGCAACAGCUUGCUAAAAUCAUCAAUUCAAAGUGUAAACCGGAAAAACCACUCACAGUUAAUUUGGAUAUGAAACUGCUCACUGAUGAAGAAAUGCUAAAAUUAAGACAAAUUGCAACUGCUUCGCUUACAGAUAACAUAGCUAAGAGAGUUGAUCCAGUUGCUGGUGAAAAUGUACCUAAAGGUGCAUAUUAUUCCCAAAAAUUAAAGGACUAUAUUUUCAUUGAUCCUGGUUCAGUGUUGUUCAAAGAUGAGCCAGAUUGGGUGUUGUAUCAAGAAAUCGUUGAACGAAAAGGAAAGAAAUGUAUGCAGAACAUCAUCUGCGUUGACGAAAAUUGGCUGCCGCGAUUGGCUAACACGUACUGUCACUUCAAACCAAUUAAGGAUGCUGAGCCACGGUAUGAUUCGGCUACUGAUAGCAUUGUAAUUUUGAUGGAAGGUUCAUUCAGUGAUCGGUGUUGGCCCUUGGGCAAAGUAGAACAGCCAUUGCCUGUCAAUAUUAAUCUUUAUCGAUAUUUCGCUCAAUUUUUCCUUGAUGGUUCAGUCUGUUUGCCUUUAGCACAGUUUGCUGACAAGCUGCUUCUUUCGCCAUGUAUCAUGACAAAGCCAUGGGCUAAAUUCCAAUCUCGAACAGAAAAUCUUUUGAAUGCACUAAUCGAACAUGAAGUAGUAAGUCGGGCACGUUUACUGGAAGUGUGGAAAAAUAAAAGCGAAUACUUGUUAGAUGAGUAUCUUGAAUGGCUUCCACAAUUCUUACAUGAAACUGUUCAACUAAGUUGGCCACCCAACCGUUGA